AGAAAGAGAAAGUAAGGACACAGCAGAAACAAAAGUGAAGAUUUUGCUUUGGGAGGAAGGAAGUGUUUGCGAGAAAAGUUUUGAAUCCUUUGAAAGAGUGUGUUUAGUGUGAGACAGAAGAAGAAGAAGAAGAAGUUCCAAUCCAUUUUUAAGUCGUAAUGGCCCUCUCCGCCGUGAGGCAGCGACGUUCCGAGGCGUCUGAUCCGUCUCCGUCGCAACCGUACACGAAGCUGGACAAGCCUCAGCAAUCGGAGGAAAAAGACGGAAAAGGGUUGGGGUGGUUUUUUCCGUUCUUGGCUCUUGGGUUUUUGAGGUACAUGAGUGCCACCUCCAACAUCAUCCACGAUUGCGACGAAGUCUUCAAUUACUGGGAGCCCCUUCAUUACCUUCUCUACAAAACUGGCUUCCAGACAUGGGAAUAUAGUUCACAGUAUGCUCUUCGGUCAUAUUUGUACCUUUUAUUUCAUGAAAUAGUGGGUCGACCAGCUUCAUGGUUGUUUAGUGAAGACAAAGUGAGAGUGUUUUAUGCUGUGAGAUUCUUCCUUGGUCUGCUCUCUGUUUUAACUGACACUGUUCUCGUGGUAGCACUUUCGAGAAAGUAUGGAAAACGACUAGCUACUUAUGCACUUGCUAUGCUGUGCCUAACUAGUGGCUGUUUCUUUGCUAGCACUAGUUUCUUGCCGAGUUCGUUUUCUAUGUAUGCAAUAUCUCUUGCGUCAGGUUUAUUUCUUCUGGAUAAGCCUGCUUCGGCAAUUUCUGUUGCUGUUAUUGGUGUCAUACUUGGCUGGCCAUUCUCAAUCUUGGCUUUCCUUCCAGUGACAGUAUAUUCUCUGUCUAGAAAAUUCAAAGUGACAUUUAUUGCUGCGACAAUCACAUCAGUUGUUCUUCUUGCAUUGUCAAUAGUUACAGACUUUUACUACUAUGGAAAAUGGACUUCAUCUGUCUUGAAUCUUUUAAUAUACAAUGUAGCUGGAGGUGGUGAAAGCCAUUUGUACGGGAUUGAAGGGCCUCUUUAUUAUCUGAGGAAUGGAUUCAACAAUUUCAAUAUUUGUUUUGUUCUUGCUCUGCUGUUCUUGGGGAUUUUGCCUAUUGCAAAAAAGAAAUAUGCACCAGAUCUACUGAUUGUGAUAUCUCCUAUAUAUAUUUGGCUGGGGUUUAUGUCUUUGCAGCCACACAAAGAAGAAAGGUUCCUUUAUCCAAUAUAUCCACUUAUUUGUGUUGCUGCUUCAGCUGUUAUUGAGAGCUUCCCAGAUCUUUUUCGUAGCAAAUAUGAUACAUACCAACGUUCUAUAAUAGUGACAGUUGCCAAAGUUAUGAGACCAGUGGCUCUUAGCCUUAUACUAUAUGCCUCUCAUGCCCGUACAUUUUCUUUGAUUCACGGUUACUCAGCCCCAUUGGAGGUUUACAAGAUUUUGGAGCACCAUGAUGCAGAAAACAAUUCUGUACUUUGUGUUGGAAGUGAGUGGCAUCGUUAUCCAUCGUCAUUUUUCAUCCCAGAUUACGUGGGACAAGUUCGAUGGAUCGACGAUGGUUUCCGAGGUCUUCUUCCCUUCCCAUUUAAUUCUACCCUAGGGGGAACUGCUGCAGCACCACCAUACUUCAACAACAAAAACAUAGCAUCAAGCGAGCAAUUUCUCCUUGAUGUAGAUGCUUGUACUUUCCUUGUUGAGCUGCAGCUCAAUCGGCCUUACCUCACUCGUGGAAGUGACUUGUCAACUUGGGAGCCUAUUGCUGCAUUGCCUUAUUUGGACAGAGAGCUUUCACCGCCUUUGUAUAGGUCUUUCUUCAUCCCUUACCUCUGGCAAGAGAAGAAUGUUUUUGGCACUUAUAAACUGUUCAAAAGAGUAACCACAUAAUUUUAUUUUUGUCUUAGAAUUUGGUGGAUUAACAGCAAAACCAUUUUUGUUAGACAGAAAGCUUGUAGAAUUUCUCUUAUCUGUUGUUGAAUAGUUAAUUUAGUUCUAAUCUGCUUAAACUUUUCCAGUGUUUUCUACUGUCAUACUUUUCUCCCACUGAAGCAUUCAAUUUAUUAAUCAUGCAUGUAUGGAUUCAGCGUCUGAUAUGCUAUGUUUGGCUUUAUUUAGUGUU